AACCAGACAUCAUAGAAUUUCUGUUCUCCGUUGUUUUCCUUCGUUUUUCUUCGUUGCCUCUCACCAUGCCCUAACACAGAUUUUUCUUCACUCUUUCGGAUCAAUUGCUUCGCACUCUCAUAUUUCGAUUUGAUUGGGAUUUCGUUCUGUAAGCUAUCAAGCACAGGUUGACUUAGAGGUGAAUAGACUACAGAGCACUGUGAAUGAAAAAUCUCAACUGAUUCCGUAGACAGAUAUUUUUGCUGACAGGGUGUCAUUCACUUUAUUGCAUGGAGUCAUCAGCAGAAGAGUAUGCUGCAUUCAAACUGAAAGUUAGUAGGACAGUAUACUUUGACAACCUGUCACCACAGGUCACUGAAUCUGUGAUUAGAACUGCUCUUGACCAGUUUGCAACUGUGAAAAGUGUCAAAUUUAUUCCCAACUACAUUGGACCAAGCAAUCUGCCACAAUGUGCAUUAGUAGAAUUUGAAUCGACCAAGAAGGCCAAGGAAGUUAUAUCAAUGAUAGGGCAGUAUCCUUUUAUGAUGUCUGGGAUGCCACGGCCUGUAAGGGCUCAGCAUGCUGUGAUGGAGAUGUUUGAUGAUCGGCCAAGGAAGCCUAACAGAAAGAUAAUAUGCCGGUGGUUGGAUCCAAGUGAUCCUGAUUUUGAGGUGGCAAAGGAACUAAAGAAUCUUACACGCAAACAUGCUGCAGAAAUAGAUUUCCUGCACAAACUGCAACUGAAGGAAGAAGAGAAGCUUGCGAAGCAGCAGGAAGAGACGCUUGAAGUGCAUUACAAAAAGUUCAAGAUGAUAGAAGGCAUUAUGGCUGAUAGAACUGCCCAUCGUUUGGCACGAAUGUAUAAUCUGCAUGUUGCAGAUGAUUGAAGGCUUCUUUUGGAUUACCAAUUCAUGUAAAUCGCUUUUUUCUAUUUUUCUGGUUAGGAUUAAGGUUUGAUGCUCCGUUCUACUACGACUAAAGAAGCUCAGUUAGUCAUGAUGUAUAUAAUAUGCUCUUCAAUCCAUGCCAAUUUCAUUUUCUCAUGAGCUCAUUUCUGAGGCUUCGCCCUUAAUAAAACUUCUAUGGCCAUAGUUUGGUACAAUCAUCUCUUUUGUUUUUUACUCAGGAAUAUACUCCAGAGACAAAAACAAACCAUUUUCUUUGAUUUAAUUGUUAAAAAUGUCAUCUUCCC